UUUCACUUUUCCCCUUCCUCUUGUUCCAGCGGUGGGGUGCCCUCGUCUCUGACCUCUCGGCGAGUGCCUGCUCGAAACACCUCGCACUGCUCGAAACACCUCACAGCUAUGGUACAGAUGGGUAGGAAAAGACGUCACGAUUUAGCUGCAUCUAUAAGUUCCGGAUCCGAUAGUGAUGCUGAUUUCGUUCCUUUCAAUGAUCCGCUGAGCGACUCCGACAAGGUUGAGAACAAUGAUUCUGAUGAUGCUCACACGAGUAAUUCUAAUUACAAGAAGAAGAUCAGAGAUUUAAAAAUAAAUUUUAAGACGCGCCGCAUCAAUGAGGUGAAGAAGCCUUCUCAUGCAAAAUCAAGUGAUGCAUUCACUCGUUUCUCAAUAACAAUAUUUUCCAAAAUAAUAGGUGCUUUAACUCCAGAAAAGAAGAAAGUUAUUGAGGAUUCUGGUUUUGGAUCACUCCUUUCAUUCACAAAGUGCUAUGUGCCCAAUAAAUAUGCGCAAUGGAUUGCUCAUAAUGUUGAUCAUAAAUCUGGUGAUAUUGUUAUUGAUGGCAAGAUAAUUUUCCUCAUCAAAGAAUCUGUCCAUUGUGUUCUUGGUCUCCCUUGCGGCGGCACUUCAUUCCUUGCUGAUAGUAGUGCUGGUUCUAUACCUAGAUCAUGUUGAUUUUGGUCCUCAUCAUGUCCCGUCUCACUCCCUUGGAUAUCCGUAUGGAAAGAGAACAUGAGCAAAAUUUAUUGCGAUCUUGACCUCAAAUCCCCAGGUUGCUAUGGGUUCAGACCUUUGCUUGAUUUCUCUGACACAUAUUAUGCAAAG